AGUAACACCGAUACCCUGAUUCUUCGCUGAAGCACGAUGCGCAACCCACCGCAGAUGCCGCCGCUCUGCCAUUGCUGCCCGAGAUCCCCUGAUUGCCGCAGCUUCCUCAAUGGCUUGCCAAUUUCACCAGACAAAACUCCAAUUCGUCCCCCACCAUCUUCUCCAUGCUGGAACCUCGCUUCGUUGCCGCUGGAGACACCCCAAUCCUCCACCGGCGACAACGCUGGUGAAUUCCAACUGCAUCCCUACAGUUCCCCCACCUGAGACCCCCCACCCUCCACCCCCCAUGCUGGCCUAUGCAAUCCGUCUAGAAAUUCCACCGGCGUGCCUGCUAGGGUGACCCGGCGAUCCAAAUCCAAGCCAGGAAAGGGACCCUGAGGACCCGAGUAGUUGUUUACUUCCUUUUUUGAAGGAGAUGAGGCCCCCUCAGCAAAUGCAUGGGAGACUAAAAUCAUUCUCAGUAGAAACGUCACAAGGGAUUUGGUCCAUUGGUGUAAGUUCCAUCACUGGUGCUGGAUGGCCACCCGCCGAUGAUGCUCGGCAGCCACAACCAUCAGCACGACCUCAACCACAAGUUCCUUGUGAUGCUAUAUGGUGAAAACCAAGAACAUGCCUCCAACCAGGAGUGUGCACCAAUCUCACGCUGGACCUAGCACUGGCAGGGAUCUCCAUGAAAGUGAUGAUGAUGAUGAUGAUGCCUUCAUGGAACCCCCGCCAUGGCGUCGUGUGCUCAAGAAUGCACCAAUGCAAAUGUAGCAGCCAAUGCAACUGCGAAGACUACCAAGAUUCUAGUAAAGUAUGCUCAUGCUCCAAUAGUUCGCUGCGCCCCUUCGACAUUCAACAAAUUUGUUGACAACUUGACCCUCAACCAGCGUAUAAAGAUCAUAGAGAUGGGUUUUGGUGGCCUCCUUGGUAUAUCUGCAGAGAGGAUAGGAAGCAGAGAACUAUUGAAGUUCUUGUUCGACAGGCUAGACCCCAACAGCAUGGUAAUCGAACUUGGCAAAAAUAGGGGAAUCCAUGUGACUCCCUUUGCCGUGAAGCAAGUGCUCAGCAUACCAGAUAGUGAUGAAGAUCUACCUCUACAAACAAACAACCAUGCAUCCAAGGCUCUGUCCAAACUCAAGAUUAUGUUGGGUCUUGAAGAAUCCCAGGACCUUCACGCGAGCGAUCACCAAAAGAUCUUGAAGGAUGAUUUAGAGCUGUGCUCUAAUUUGAUUGAUGAUGAAACAGCAAUAAGAUUUUUCUUUAUCAUUGCUUCUAACAAGCUCCUGUUUCCUAGCACAGAUAACAACAUCAGAUGCAAGGAUAUUUGCCUGACUAGGGACUUGUCUCCUUUAUCGGAUAUGAACUAGUGCAAGGCGGUUGUGGAUGACCUUAGACAUGCUGCUCAUGCAUAUCAAAUUGACAAGACAAAGAAAGGGACACCAUCGCUCCCUGGAUGUGCUAUAUUACUGAUUAUACUGUAUUUGGAUAACCUACAAUGCAAACACCAGAUCGAACACAUGAACACUCCUCGUGCAAAGUACUUCGAUCAAAAUGUUAUACAAAUCAUCACUUCUGCUGAUAGGACCAAGGACCAGCAAGGGAAGGCUACGUUUGGGCUAUUACCGAUGAGUUCUAUUACUCAGUUUCUGUACAUUUUUUUAAUUUUUUUCCCUGUAUCCAUGUUGUUUUGUAAUGCCACUGUUUCACUCCACUUUUGCCGUGUGCAGCUUAAGAGUAGCAACAAUACUUGCUACUAUACGACCCAUCACCCAUUUUCAGAUGUGCCAGCAAACAAUGAACCAUUGGCUGCAUCUUAUUUCCCAAGUAUACUCGCAGAACUGGGUGGAUUUGUUGAUCAGAUUGAUAGCAGGACAAGGCAAUCGCAGGCAAGGGCAGCCCUAGCAAAGUUUGAUAUGCCAAAUCCAAGAAAGCGUCAAGCUAUAUGAACACGGGGCAACUGAUGUUACAGAAUGCACACCAGGAAGUUAUACGAAAUCUGUGGGCAAUUUUGCAGGACAAGGCGCAUGGCAAGAUUGGUCAAGAUCAUCAUCAUCAACCCAACACUUCUGAUACAGCUCAAGCCGAUGAUGUCAGCAUGCAUGGUAGCCAUAAUGGUCAUAACAUGGGAUCUGAACAUGUAUUUGACAAAGAGGUUCCAUCUGAAACAAGGGAGAAUGAGUUGCAUUCUGGUGGCCACCCUAAUCAGGAUAGGCCUUUGCAAUUCGCACAAAACGGGGCACGAGAACCAGAUCUGCCAAACCAUGCAACUCUGCACCAUACCCAUGAUGAAACUUCCCCUCAGACUGAUAAUGUACAUUGUGAUAAGGACAUGGAAGGUGAACCUUCACUAGUUUCCUCUCAGGUGCAUGUUCACACAGGUCUGACUAGUGAUCAUGUACUACCUCCUGACGUGGCUGAAGGAGACACAACAGCAGCCUUGCCAAUUACUACUCAAGCCGGUGAUGUUUAUAUGCAUGAUACUCACACUGGGCACAAUAUGGGAUUUGAACAUGAGUUUGACAUGCCAAUUCAAUUAGAAACAAGGGCAAAUGAUUUGCAUUCUGGUGACCACACCAACCAAGACAACAACCACGCCACACCUAUGCAGUUGGAACAACACAUAGCCCUAGAAUCAGGGAUCCCAAUCCCUGUAGCGCAGCACAAUAGUCAUGACGAUAGUUUCCCAUCGUUUUGA